AUGGAGCUAAAUACUUUGCUGAGUGGAGCUCAGAUCGACGUCCUCUCUACGGUGUACAUAGUUUUACUCACUCCCAGUGUGAUUGGGAGUUUCUCCGUCCUGGUGGUUUCCAUAGCAAGAUGGCAGCAUCUAAAAGAACAGGUACACCUCCUGGUGCAGCUUGCUCUCGCCGACCUCCUGGCUGCUCUGAUCUUGAUGUCCACGAGUGUCAUGAACAAAAUACCCCCUGACAACAGUAUAGUCAUCUGCCAAUAUGGCCUACCGCUGUCACUGACAUUUUAUUUCAUUUCAUUCCUGCUGGUGGUCGUUUACGCCUGGAAGUCAAAGAAUGCAAUCCAAGGAUGGAGAGAAAGACCAGCGGAUGAUGAGGGCGAUCUGGUGAGGCAUUUGCUGCGUCUGGUGAUCAUAAUUUGUCCAGAAACCAGAUUCACUGACAUUUGCUUGUUUUGCAGAAUACAUGUCGAAGACCAGAAAUAUUGUAUUUUGUUCUUGCACGUCUGGAGGGAGUCCUGCUCAGAUGUUGAGAUAAUCCAUGACGUUUUCAUCAGAGCUUUUCUUUUCAUUGUGGUGAUACCGGUGCUGGUGUCUUGCUCUAUUAUUUACUAUAAGGUUGGUAAGUGGUAUGAAAGACGAGAUCCGGAGGGGCUUUUUCCAGUGGAGGGAGAUGGGCGUUCAAGAAGAAGAAUGAAAAGAGCAAUUUCUACUUCAAGGAAUAUGGUGACAGUCAUCCUAAUCUGCUGGGCACCAGCGCUUUUCCUCAUCCUGCUAUCUACCUUGUUGAUGAGAACGAAGGUUGAACAACACAGUUUAUUUGGUGUUUAUAUGAUACAGGCUGCCAGCGUGUCUCUACAAGGUUUCCUGAACAGCAUGGUGUACGCCUGGAGAAGGCCCAACUUCACAGAGGCUGUUCUUGGAGAGAGCACACCCUUGGUGGCCUAUAAUCACAUGCCCUUUUUUGAUGAGUCAUUGAGGACCUCGCUUUAAUGCUUUGGACUAUAAACACAUGGAUGGACCAUGUCGUGCUGCAAUACAUCAUUCUGGCCUUAGGAGCCUGGUCUGCCUGCACACUUUAGACUGAAAGGAGUUUUUUUGUGGACUGAAGAUGAAAAAACACCAAACAAAGUGAUGAAGGAAACUCAAAGACUUUAAACAAGCUGUUGCUGUAUUUUCAUUUUCAGCUGCUGAUGCUGACGUGUACUAAGUCAUAAUGCAGCAGCACGUUUUCUUAUCAAUGGGGCCAAAAACUGCUUGUAUAGUUUUAUUAAAGAUUUAUAAAGAUGUUAUUUUAAAAUUACAGACCUAUUUGUGUGUUUGAUUUCUAUUUUAUUAUGUUUUACCACAUUUAUUUAUUUUGAUCAAUAAAGUGCUUUUUAUUCUUGACUCCUCAGCAUCGUCUGUAGUACAAGGCAAUCACUGUGCUAAACACGUUAGACGUCAUUCUUUCCAAUCAUCGUUACAGUAAACAUUUUUUAUAAACAUUUCCCAAGCCUUCUUGUCUGUCUCUGGAAACUCUGAAUGGUGGAAAGACUGCAUGCCAACCUGCUGCUCUAAUGUAAGUUAUCACCUGACCUACUGUACUGCAAUCUAAAAGUAAACUUGACGUUCAGUUCUGGUCAAGCAUUGUUGUUUGUGUACCGAAGGC